AUGGAGUAUGCAGCUUCAAAAAGUUCUAUAAUAUCAUACAAAAAAAAAGAGAGCAGUAUUUAUAAAAAACUUGGAUGUAGUUUUUCGGCAUUUUGUGGUACAUUAUUAUUAAUUGGAGGAGUUAUGGUUUUAGUAUUAAUGCCAUAUUUUAUUGAAGAAUCUAUAAUUCAUGAACAACAACUUGUUGAACAAAAAAGUUUAUUCGGUAAAUGGAAAUAUCCUGAUUAUGAUAUUACUCUUAAUGUUUGGUCUCAUUCUAUUACAAAUCCUGAUAAUAUAACAAAUGGAGAUAAACCAAUAAUUGCUAAUAAAGGACCAUAUGUUUUUGAUGAAAAACAAUAUAAAAAGAUUAUUUCAAGAGGUAAUGGAACGAUAAAAUACCGAAAUUUUAUGAACUUUUAUUAUAACAAAAAUAAAUCAUGUAGUAAUUGUGAUUUGGAAAAUGAUCAUGUUUGGAUACCAAAUAUAGUGUAUCAAAAGUUUGUUGAUGCAGCUCUUAAUCCAGCAAUGCAAGUUGCCUCAACUGCUCUUCAAUUGCAAACACCAUUUUUAGAUGUCAAAACAAAAGAAUUAUUUUUUGUUGGUUAUGUUGAUCCAUUUUUAAGUCAAAUAUGUUCAUUACCAUUUAUGAGUAUACUUUGUGAAUCAUUACUAAAUAUGCCUGAAAGAAUUGGUCUUUUUUAUGAAAGAAAUAAUACAUUUGAUGGUGAAUAUAUUAUUCGUGAUGGAAGUCAAGAUAGAAGUAGAACAUUAGGAAAAAUUAUUGCCUGGAAUGGUGAUAAUCAUCUUCCACCAACAUGGUGGAGUAAAUCUCAGGCAUCAUUAAUUAAUGGAACAGAUGGUGGUUUAUUACAUCCUUAUAUAUCAAAAGAUGAAAAAAUUUAUAUUUUUAGUACAUUUAUUUGUCGUUCAAUAUAUUUAGUUUUUGAAAGUGAAAUUGACUAUUAUGGAGUUAAAGGAUACCGUUUUGUAGCUCCUACAGAACUUUUUGAUUGGUCUAGACCAGAAAAUGAAGGUUUCUGUCAUCCAAACACAAAAAAAUAUUUUGAUCAACAAAAAGAUAAUUGUAUGCCAAAUGGUAUUAUGGAUUUGAGUAGAUGUUUAAGAGGUAAUCCAGAUAUUGUUUCAUCAAUGCCAAACUUUUUUGGAGCUGAUGAAUAUGUUCAACAAUCAAUUGAAGGAAUGGAUAUUCCAAAUCCAGAAACUGAUCAAAUUUUUAUUGAUGUAGAACCUCGCCUAGGAACUUUAUUAAGAGCUUCCAGAAAACUACAAAUUAAUUUUGCCAUUCGCAAUGGUGCAAAUAUUAGUAAUUUUUACUAUCCUAAAAUGAAAUCAAAUUUUGUUCCUGUCAUGUCGUUACGUGAAGAUGUUGAAAUAGGGAAGGCAAAUUUACAAGAAAUCAAAGAUCGUUUAUAUGAUAUUGAAAGAUUUGUUUAUUGGGGAUGCCUUUUUAGUACUAUUUUUGGUAUACUUCUUAUAAUUAUUGCUAUAUUACUUUUUUGUUCACUUAGAAGAUCAAAAAAAUAUUCAACAACAUCCUCAAUUCAUCCAAGUUCACAAACACCACCUGUUAUUCUUACAGAAUAA